CAUCACGGAAAAGGGCCGCGAUCUUUUGGAAAAAGGCUUCGACCAACAGCAGAUUCUAACAGAGUUGGUAGACGACAUUCACGCAGCUAAUGAUAGCGUGGUUAAGACUAUUGAUGAAUGGACUGAAAAGCUGCAGGAAACCGAGCGAAUUUAUGAAGAUUUGAAAAAUUCGGACAGCGACACGCAAAAGUUGCGCAAAAAUGCCGAAGACGCCCUGAAAACCAUCCCGGAAAUCGAGGCAAUAAUCAACGAAGCUCUAAAAGAGGCAGCUGAUGAGCAAAC